GCCACAUAAACACAUUCACAGCUGUGUCUCCAUGCGUUCUGACAGCCUGAAUGAGACACGGAUGCCACACUGAACGUAGAGAGAAAAAUCAAGACAGAGACGAGAGCGAGCACCAAGCAGACUACCACACCAUUACUGCUGAGACUUGUCCACAUCCCUCUCUUUCUUGGAUUGUUGGCUUGGGUGAAAGGGAAGAAUGUCUGAUUGGGGAGAGAAGAAAAUGGGGUAAAUCUACCGGCAGAUUCAUCCCCAAGGCUUCUAAUUACCCCCUCAUGUCUCCACUUUGAUGCCAAAUCCGAAUCUGGAAGCCACAGCAAAAACAAACAGAGGGAUGCACUCAAUGAUUUAAAAAACUUGAUCAAAAGAGUAGAGGAGGUUAAAAAUAGAGACAAAAGAAUGGGAGAAGGAGAGAGAGGAUUUUUUAAGUGAAUGAAUCAUCCAACAGCAUGAGGUGGAAAUAGCUGCGUCUACAUAAGAUGACCCCUCCUGUCUCCACAGCCGCCUGCUGAGGACGUGACAGCCCACGUGGUCUGGAUGCCAGCAGCUGCCUCUCGAAGCCUCUGACAGCCCCUGACAAUCUGAGAAACACGUCCCCAUCCUCUGAAUCCACGCUCUCAGCCCCCCCAGUCUGCAAGGGACUUGUGAGGAUUAUUGGAGUCUCUGGAUUACUGAAGUGUCCACUUUGGCCAUAGGAGAAAGGGCACGCUAUUACUUGUAGUUUGGAGCGCAGCAUGGGAUGCUCUUGGAGCCGGCAGCAUGGUGGAUGACCUCCAGCAUGCGGUCGUCACAGCUGGAUCUCACGCUUGUGGCUAUCCGCCGUGUGUAAUCAAGGGUAAUGACAAGGCAUAGAACCAACUGUGGAGAUGCCGAAGAGAAGAGAUAUUCUUGCCAUCGUGUUGAUAGUGUUACCGUGGACACUCCUCAUCACUGUGUGGCACCAAAGUGCAAUUGCACCCCUGCUCGCCAUCCGAAAUGUCUGUCACCAUCUAGUAAAAGAGAUCUUAAUCAUACCAGAGCGACUAACCAUCCACCGACAACGGCUAGCAGAUGCCGGGACAGAGAUCAGACACGAGAUCGGUGCAGCCACCGACUCAAAGGAAUAUUGCUCACAAGACAAGGACAUAGUGGAGGUGGUCCGUACGGAGUAUGUGUACACACGACCUCCACCCUGGUCUGAUGUAUUGCCCACCAUCCACAUCAUCACUCCUACAUACAGCCGUCCAGUUCAGAAGGCCGAGCUAACGCGAUUGGCCAACACAUUCCUCCAUGUGCCCAACCUUCACUGGAUCCUGGUGGAGGACUCUCAGAGAAGAACCCCUCUAGUCACCAGGUUGCUAAAGGAGAUGGGUCUUAACUACACACACCUUAAUGUGGAGACCCCACGGAACUAUAAGCUGCGAGGGGAUAUGAGAGAUCCCCGGAUUCCUCGAGGAACCAUGCAGAGGAAUCUGGCUCUUAGAUGGCUCCGGGAGACCUUCAACUCCAACAGCAGCCAGGCGGGAAUUGUCUACUUUGCAGAUGAUGAUAAUACUUACAGCUUGGAGCUCUUUGAGGAGAUGCGCUCGACCCGUAAGGUAUCCGUGUGGCCUGUAGCAUUUGUUGGAGGUUUACGAUAUGAAUCUCCGAAGGUCAAUGCACUUGGAAAAGUGUAUGGCUGGAAAACAGUGUUCGACCCUCACCGGCCCUUUGCCAUUGACAUGGCAGGUUUUGCCAUCAACCUUCGUCUAAUUCUCUUUAAGCCUCAGGCCUACUUCAAGUUGCGGGGUGUGAAGGGAGGCUACCAGGAAAGCAGCUUACUCAGAGAGCUGGUCACUCUCAAUGACCUUGAACCAAAAGCUGCCAACUGCACAAAGAUACUUGUGUGGCACACACGGACAGAAAAACCCAUCCUGGUGAAUGAAGGCAAGAAAGGCUUCACAGACCCAAAUGUGGAGAUCUGACAUCUGCUUCAACAACGGGUCAUUUGCAGCAAGACCCAAAAGUGGAUGGCUUGGAGAUAAAACCACCUUCAAGUUUUAGAACAGUUUGGAAUGCUUUUUUCUGUAAACCACAAUUAUACAAGCUCAAAAAUAUGGACCUAUUAUUCUAAAGCACAGAUUACUUUUUUAAAGGCAAUAUGAUCUGUAUUUUGCAACCCAGUGGGCGCUUGCCACAUAGAGGCAAAAUGUAUAUGGUGGCGUAUUUUGAUAGUGGUUCUAUCAAUUUCAUCUCAUCAGUGGAACAGGGAAACCUAGACCAAGCUGAGAACUGGAACUUCUCACUUCCAGGAUUUUAUAAACUCUGCAUUAAGCAGAGACAUGAAAAAUGGUUGCAACAGUCGAAUGGACAGAUUUAAUAAGUUGAGCCAGCACUGACAAGAGUUAAUGGUCAUCGGUUCAAGAGACAUUCAUGUUCCUUGGUGUCUAACAGACAAAUAAUUAAACAUAAAGAAGGGAAUGUCUUGUUCUUAACAUGCAAUGUUCUUGUUUUACAAAAUGUAAAUUUUUAAGUUGAUGUUUUUGUUGUUUACAUCACUGUCUUGUUAGCACAGCACUACUGAUAUUCAAAGUUUUGCCUCAGUUCAAAUGCAUUGUCACUCACAGUGGUAUUAAACCAGUUAUACCAGGGCUAGCUGCUAUACUGGAUUUAGGAAUUACAAAAUUGUAACAUUCUCCUCAUGAUUAAGAUCUAUGGUAUGAAUAGCACUUGAACUUUGUCCACUGUUCCUGUGUGGACACACAUUGUAAAUAUAACUUAAAGAUGAUCAAUCGUAGACUUCAAAAUAAAGUGUUCUAGCAUUCAACUGAACAAGCAAUGUAACUACUGUAUUUGUACUUCAGUGUAAGUUAAGAUGAAACCAUAGUUUACUACAACAUCCAUAUACAACACAUAUCAUACUAUUCACAUAUUCACAGAGAUCUUACCAAAGGAGAUAGAGCAGUUUGGAUGGGUUCGGUAUAUCAGAAUGUUAUUAUCUUCACAAGUAUAUUCAGUAUUAAAUGGGCUAGCCACAGAGAGCAGCACAGAGCUUGCCUCAGUAAACAUGCAGCUGUAUUACAUGUUAAAACGAAGCUCUGGGCUUUGACUCUGCAGAGGGGAUCUGUCUGGAAGAGAUGUUGCUUUACUAAUGAAGCUAAUACUGUGACGCCUGGAAAUCUGCAGCUACAACACAAUGCCUGGUUUCAAAAAGCAAGGCUAUUUUCCCACAUAAACAAUUAAGGCGCAUGUGAAUAUUUGAAGUGUCUUGUGGCACACCACUGAAAUUGCAUGUGCAAAAAUCUUACCCUACACUAAUAUUAUGAGAAAUGUGGCCUGAUUAGCAUUAAAUUAGAGGAAAUAUUCUCUGUAGGCUCUCUUCAGAUAUUUAUUAAAUUUGUACUUUUCAAAGAAGCUUCUUUUCAUUUCAGCCCUCCCUGCAGUUAACUAUAAUCAACAUACUGCAAACACUUAUCUCAUAAAAAUUGGAAAAGAAAGAUCUGGUAAAUACAUUUACGGGUAGAUGUCAGUUUUGGUGCAUACAUUGUAGCUUUUCAUAAACAACCUGUAAAAAACAUGGUCAAGCACAAAUUGUUCAUAUUUCAGACAGAUUUUGAUGGACAGAAUUUUUAUAUUAGUUAUUGGAAAUUCAUCGUUGCUUCUUUCUGGUGUCGUCACAGGUCAUCUGAAAUUUGCUUUGUCCUUGAAGCUCUACUGAUAACAUGGUACACAAAUGUCAAAGUUGUGGGUUUGAUUCCCAGGUAAACAUCAAGGUCAAAUAUAACUUGAAUGCACUGCAAGUCGCUUUUAAGAAAAGCAUAAAUGUAUAUGUAACAGUUAAAAGAAUAGCAGUGAGAUUUCAAAGGGUUAGUAAUUCUUGUACUGUCACUUUAACAACCCAUAAUUAGUUCAUCAAUCAGUCGCGAGAGGCGCAGUGCAUAGCACAUGUUUAAUGGAAUAAAACUUUGCAAACUUUGAGCCGAGGACACAUCUUCCUCGUGGGAUGUGAUGGAUUAUUGCUCUAGGACUUUUCUGCAAAAGGACUCCUCAUUUCUUUGUCAUUUCUGAAGUUUGUGAGAAUCAAUGAUUCCAUUGAACACACACACAACACACUGCUCUGAGCUCUUGACUACAGCUAACAAAGUACCACUUUCCUACUGAGUUACAAAAGCCUCUCGAGCUCAUAGAGGCCUUCAGAGCAAGCAGACAUUACAUGUGCAGAAUAAUGAAGGACAGGAGAGGAGUACUGAUAUUUGAACCAUAGAAAGACUAGGAUAUAAUUCGAAUGUUUUUUCGACUGUCUUGAAAUUGAGGCGUCUUUCUUUCUGCUGGAGACACAUGUAAUGCCAUUCAUCUGAUUCACCUGUUGCAUGCAUUUAAUUAGUUAGAGGUCAGUGGGUGUUUUACUUUCUUGAAAGUCUGGGAAAACCUUGCCCAACCUUUAUUUCAACAUGUCCACAUUCUCCUCAAGAGAUGAGUGCAUGCACGCCAUCACUAAAUAAAACUUAUCAUGUUACCUGUUAGUUACUUAAAUAGUGAUGCAGAGAUGUUCUGCCUAUUUUUGCCUUGAAAUUGUUUGCUUUAGUGCAAGAACACAUGUUAGCUGGGGCAAAGCAAAACAUAAAGAUGACACAUGAACAUGUGAAAUUAAGAUUUUUGUAAAAAGAAAAAUGCCUUGUUUUCCACAGCUGCAUCUGUUUUGUGUCAGAUGCUGCCACAACCCCCACUAAAUGUAUUGUUAAAGAAAAACAAAACUGUUGUACAAGGUUUAUGUAUUUAUUCUAUAUUAAUAUAUUUAUGUAUUUAUUUACAUUCACAGUCUUUUCUAAUGAAAGCGAACUUCUGAAAUUCCACUCAAAUAUCUUUUUCUUUCUUUCCACAAAACACUGGCUGAUCUCACACACAGCACAGACUCACUGUUGUUUGUCAUAUUGCCACUGAACUGGGACUUGAUUGAUGGACUGACAUGCAACAAACCAUGCGGCUCAUUAGAAAGCUGUUGACGAAAAUUACGUGUGACCCGCUGCACAAGAAUCCAUAUAUCAAGUACAUCUUUCGUGAUAUAGAUCCAUAUAUUCUGUCCCAGGCGGCAUUAACACAGCUGUUGUAAUCAGAAAUCAUGUCAGGCUGUUUGGGCAUCUAUUUUUGUUAAAGUGAUCAGAUCUUCGACGUUGGCCUCUAUAAGUGCUUUUGCUGAAAUUAGUGUGUUUGACCUAAACGCCCACCUUCAUCUCCACUACUUGCAAGGUGAAACAUUUCUGCAUGUUACUGUUGUAAAUGUUCUUCUUUUUUUGCUCCACGAAUCAUCUCAGAACGAAGGAGAAUAAAAAUGUCAGAAAAUAAUAAAUGUGU